CUCUAAACGCCGGAACCAACGAUCAUCCGCUGAUGUGUGCCGCCAGGAAGAAUAUAUCGGCGCACCAAAGGGUUACAAUUUUAACAACGAACAAACUUUUUUGCAUGAUUGUGUUGAAAAGUGAUCUCGAAAAUGACUGACGAGGGCGAUAAGAGCCAGGGCAUGAAGGUCAUGGGUGUCCUUGAUAUCCAGAAUAUGCCAUGUGCUCGGGAGUCUAUUCUACAUGGUGCAGGUGGUUCACUGGUGGUAGGGAUAGUGCACUUUUUGGCAACAAGUAGAGUAAAGAGGUCGUUUGAUGUGGGUGUCGCGGGAUUCAUGCUUACAACACUGGGUUCAUGGUUUUAUUGCAGAUAUAAUAAUGCCAAGCUGCGUGUACAGCAGAGAAUGAUUCAGGAUGGCUUAAAAAAUAAAUUAAUUUAUGAAGGCACAAAUUUAGACCCCACACGGAAGAAGACAGGGGAUCAGUAAAAGUUCCUUGUCUGAGACCAUAUUAAUGCCUUUAAUGUGAAUGAUGAUUUAUUUAUUGUAUAAUUACAUGUAUUGAAUGUUUGUCAUAAAAUUACAUUUAAAAAAAAUAAUAAAGCAGAUGCAUUUUAAAUUUGA